AUGAAGCUUUUCAUUCAAUUAGCAAUUAUUUGCUAUUUAUCAUUAUAUCUUGUCCAAGCUGGUAAUCAACAACGAAGUGUUUUACUUGAAGAUGUUAAAACAUUAACACUUCAUAAAGGGCAACGGACUGAAGCCAGACGAGUUUCGUCUAUUCCGCAAUUAAAAUGUAUUGGCGGAUCAGCAAAAUGUGCUUAUGAACCUGAUGUUGUACAAUGUUAUAAUCGUGGAUCAAAUGGUAUUGAUAUUCAAUGGGAAUGUACAGCUGAAAUGCCACAAAAAUAUAAAUUUGGAAAAUUAAGUGUUUCAUGUGAAGGAUAUGGUUAUCCAGAUGAUCCUUAUAUUUUAGCUGGAUCUUGUGGAUUAGAAUAUAAUCUUGAAUUAACGGAUAAAAGUUUUUCUGAUUCAAGACAAUCAACAAAUGUUCGACAUUCAUCGAGCUCAAAAUUUUGGCCAUUUCUAUUUAAAGUAGCACUUAUUGUUAUUGUAUUUUUUGCUAUUAAAUCAUAUCUUUCUGGUAACAAUCAAACGGGCGGUGCGAGACCAAUGUCAGCUGGACCUGAUCAUCGUCCACCAGGUGGUGGUGGUGGAGGUGGAUGGUUUUCAAAUUUUUUUCCAGGUGGCAAUGGUGGUUUUGGUAAUUUCUUUCGAGGUGGUGCACCAGGACAAGGUGAUGCUCGACGAAGACAACCACCGCCACCAGGUUUUCGACCAGGUUUUACUGAUUAUGGAAAUGAUGGAUCAGACUGUACUGCUAAUCAACAACAAAAUACUGGUACAGGUGGUGGAGCAAACUUUUUAACUGGAGCUGCACUUGGUGCUUUAGGUGGUUAUGUUUUUGGUGCUCGAAAUCGACAACGUGAUAAUCAAUAUAUGCCUGGUACAGCAAAUACUGGUUGGUUUGGUACGGGAACAACAAGAACAACAACGGAUACAUUUGGAUCUAGUCCAUCGUCAUCAUCGAGCAGUUCUCAUACCAGUACUGGUUAUGGUGGUACCACCCGUCGAUAA